AUGCUCGCGGCCUCCAUCCUCCGUCCGACCCUGCUGCUCUGCUGGCUCGCGGCCCCCCGGCCCGCCGGCCCGGAGACCCUCUUCCACAGCCGGGACCGCUCGGACCUGGCUCCGUCCCCGCUGCGCCGGGCCACGCCCAUCGCCGACCUCCGCGCCGCGCAGCGGUUCCUGUCCAAAUACGGCUGGGCGGAGGGCCGCCCGGGGGCGGGGUUCGCCCCCCCAGGGCACCGGAGUCCCCGCCGCGACCCGCCGCCUGCGGGGGCCCGGGGCGCCGCCCUGGCCCAGUCCCUGCGCCGGUUCCAGGAGGUCAAUGCGCUGCCGGCGAGCGGGAAGCUGGACGCGGCCACGCUGGCGGCCAUGAACCGGCCGCGCUGUGGCGUCCCGGACACGCGGCCCCAGCUGCAGGCCCAGGCCCCGAGCACCGCACCCCGGCCCCGGCCCGCCCCGCCCGGCCCACGCCCCAGGGCCCGCCCCAGGCGCUCCCUGCAGACGCCGCUCCCAGGGCCCGACUGGCAGCCCCGGGGCUCCCCCCAGGGUGGGGGCACCCGGGCCUUUGCCAAGCGGACCCUGACCUGGAGGCUGGUCAGGGAGGGCUACAGCAGCCAGCUGUCCCUGGAGGAGCAGCGGUACAUCUUCCGCCUGGCCUUCAGGAUGUGGAGCGAGGUGAUACCCCUGAACUUCCUGGAGGACCUCACGGGCCCUGGAGCCACGAUUGACAUAAAGCUGGGCUUUGGCCGAGGCCGGCACCUGGGCUGCCCUCGGGUUUUUGAUGGGAUUGGGCAGGAGUUUGCACACGCCUGGCACCUGGGCGAUAUUCACUUUGAUGAUGACGAGCACUUCACCCCGCCCACCAGCAGCGUGGGCAUCAGCCUCCUCAAGGUGGCCGUCCAUGAAAUCGGCCAUGUCCUCGGCUUGCCUCACACCUACAGGGCGGGAUCCAUAAUGCAGCCAAAUUAUAUUCCCCAGGGGCCUGCGUUUGAGUUGGACUGGUCAGACAGAAAAGCCAUUCAAAAGCUGUAUGGUUCCUGCGAAGGCGCCUUUGACACCGCCUUUGACUGGAUCCGCAAGGACAGGAGCCACGCCGGCCAAGGGACGGCCAGAUUCAGCACCUAUUUCUUCCGCAGCGGCUGGUACUGGCUGUACGAGAAUCGGAACAACCGGACCCGUUACGGGGACCCCGCCCUCAUCCUCACCGGCUGGCACGGGGUCCCCGCACAGAACAUAGACGCCUUCGUCCACGUCUGGACUUGGGGGAGAGACGAACGUUAUUUUUUUAAAGGAAACCGGUACUGGAGAUACGACAGUGACAGGGAUCAGGCCCACACCGAAGAUGAACAAGGAAAACGCUACCCCAGACUGAUUUCAGAAGGGUUCCCCGGCAUCCCCAGUCCCCUGGACACUGCCUUUUAUGACCGAGGGAAGCAGUUAAUUUACUUCUUCAGAGGAUCCUUCGUGUUUGAGUUUGAUGUCGCCAGAAAUCACGUCCUGGGUUCCCGUCCGAAGAAGAUGACUGAAGUCUUCCCGGCGAUAGAGCCUCGGGACCACCCGUUCAGAAACCUGGACUCCGCCUACUACUCCUACGCGCACAAGUCCGUCUUCUUCCUCAAAGGCAACGCGUACUGGAAGGUGGUGAGCGACGGGGACCGGCGGCAGCGCCCCUGGCUCCCUCCGAACGGCGUGUUCCCGAAGCGGUCUAUCCCCGAGACGUGGUUUGACGUGUGUGACGUCCAUGCCUCCACCCUGAGCAUGUGAGGAAAACAGCCAGUGCGGAGCCGGAGGGCUCCUGGGGAAACCACCGUACGAGGAAAACCCGCAGAUUUUCACCG